CAUUGUUCAAUCUGUUAAAAUUAACUUAACUAAAACUUAGCAUAUAAUUUUAUUAUUGAAGAAACCUGUUGUUUUACGAAGUCAUGGAAGGGGGUGAUAUUUUUAUACAAGAUUUUAUUAACGAUCUACAAGAUUCUCCUGAAAGUCAAGUACAGAAAUGUUUUCGUGGAUCCAAUAUAUUAAUAACAGGUGGGACAGGAUUCGUUGGAAAAGUAUUAAUUGAGAAGUUAUUAAGAACAUGUCAUGAAUUAAACAUGAUUUAUAUCAUUGUAAGGACUUUAAAUGAACAAAAUCCGCAUGAUAGAGUUAAAAUGAUGUUCAACAGUCCGCUUUUUGAUCGUAUGAAAAUAGAAAAUCCCGGAUACGCAAAUCAGGUUCAAGUUAUUAGUGGAGAAAUUUUGCGUAAAAACUUGGGAAUAACUGAAAUUGAUUAUAUAAAAUUGAAAUAUAAAGUUAAUAUUAUAAUCCAUUUGGCUGGUAUUACUACUCAUAACAAUUGUAAUCUGCGAUCAGCCAUUUUCACAAAUAUAAGGGCCACAAACGAUCUCGUGUCUUUGGCAAAAGGAUUUACUGACCUCAAGGCUUUUAUUCAUAUUUCAUCAGUAUUCGCACAUCAUGCUUUAGUUAACAUCCACGAACAGUUCUACAGCUUUCCUAUACCAAUAAAUACUAUGAUACAAAUGGCCGAGACUAUCCCUGAUCAUAUAAUGAAUGGUUUAGCAAAAGAGUUAGUGUCCGAGUGGCCUGACGUUGUUACUUAUACUAAAGCUGCGUCUGAAAAAAUAAUUCAAUCGGCUGGUCGAGAUUUUCCAGCUUGCAUCAUACGACCAGGAUUUGUUUUGGGGACUGCAAAUGAGCCAAUAGCGGGUUGGACGAAUCAUACAAACAAUUUGAUUGUUUACACAUUGGGAUCAGGAUUAGGAUUGGUUCGCACUUUUCACGGAUCACUUGUUAACGCUAAUAUUAUACCCGUUGAUAUGCUAGUAAAUCUUAUUUUGGUAGCUUGCUGGGAUAUGAUUGGAAGCAAAUCAUUAGAUUUUAUCAAUGAAGAACUACCCUGUGACAUAACGGAAACGCCAAUUUAUAAUUUUGUAUUGUCAAACCAUAAAUGUUGUUCGUGGAAGCAGUUAGGAGAAUAUUUUUUCAUGAGUGAAAAGAGAGUAUCUUCUUUUAAUAGUUAUUUUAGAAUUCCAUUUUGUUACAUUGCUGAAACUAUGGGGCUUUAUCGAACUGUUUCAUUUAUUUUUCACACUUUACCUGCAAAAGUGGUAGAUAUUUACUUUACUAUGUCUGGCAAAGAGCCUAGAUUAAGUAAAUUCUACGAAGGAGUGCACAAGUCGGCUGAACAUUUAAAUUUGUAUCAACAAAUGCGGAUAAGAUGUUAUAAUCACAAUGUUUAUCGAUUAAUGAACAAAUUGUCACCUAGAGAUAGAGCUCUAUUCUGCUUCGAUAUCAGUACAUUAUCGUGGAACGAUUAUUUUGAUAAGUACGUUAAAGGUCUACGUGUGUAUUUGAUGGGUAAUCGUUUGCAAAUGGCUACUUCGACAAACACAAUUAAUAGCUCUCACCGAACGGAUUUCUUUCAACGAUACGUCAAAAGAUCACAAAUCGUAUCUAGUCGAAGACAUUAUCCUCAAAAAUUGAAAAAAUUUAUUGAAAAUUGUAUGGAUCAACACAAUUUUUUUAUGAGAAAUAAUAUUUAUAAUAAUCCCUUUUACAUUCAGGAUAUUAAUAAGGAACUAGCAAAUCAUGUAGCUUUUGGAAUAAUACACCAAUUUUUUAAAAUUAAACACUACCUAAAGAUUUGCAUCGAAGCGUUUUUUUUUUUAUAGUAAUUUUAAUCACUGUCAGAUAUCAUUAUACUUGAUCCAACUAUCACGUCACCACUGUGCCGUGACCCCCCUAUGCUGGGUUUUUUUUUUUUAAACUUUCACAAAAAUCAACUUUAAACAAUUAAAAAAAUAGGUUAAAAAUGUCAUUUUCCUUAUUUUUAACAUAUUAAUAAU